UCCUCGGGAGGCGUGGGAUGAGGUAAGACCUCCGCCUGGCGUCGCCUCCUCUCUUCAGAAGACAGGCGCCGAGGAGGUGCUCACAAGCGGAGGCGCUUGCCGGCGCCCAGGUCCCGUGGAGGGUGGACUACAACUCCCAGCGUCCCCUAGGAAGAGACUGUGCGUACCUUGGGCCAGUCGGUGGGUGUUUAGCGCAGCCAAGCGACGGAGCGGAGCAGCCAAGAGGAGGAGGAGGAGGAAGAAGAGGAGGAGGAGGAGCCGCGUCGAGAGAGAGAGAAGGAAAGAGAGAGCAGCUUUGCCGGUUGGCGAACUUUGGGCGAGGGAGAAAGAAAAGGAAAGAAGGGAAAGGAGGGAAAGGAGGGAGGAAAUGAGGCAGCCUCGUCCAACAGGGUCACUGCUGGGCUGGCUUCCCCGGCUGGGUGCCUCUUCGCCUUGCUGACAGGCGUGCCCACCGGGCUGGCUGUGAAUGGCUCUCUUUUUGGCUGCUGCUGCCUCUCGGGCGGCGCGUCGGGGCUCUUCGUCGAAGCGGUGGCUCUGGCGUCGGGGCUGAUGCGGUCCCUUGGAAGAGGCGGCGGCGGCGGCGGCGGAGGGGGCUGAGGGGGCUUUCCCAGCCCGUCCCUCCUCCUUCCCCUCCCUCUCCCUCUCCCGGGAUGUGGAGGCUGAGCCUGUGGUGGCUGCUGAGCCGGGUGGCGCUGCCCCUCCUGCCACCCUGCGCCUUCGUCCUGGCCCGGGUGCCCGCCUCGUCCUGCCACCCGCAGCCCUGCCAGAUCCUCAAGCGGAUCGGGCACACGGUCCGGCUGGGGGCGGCCCACCUCCAGCCCUGGCUGCCGGACGAUGAGGAGGGGCAAGGGCAGGAGCGGGCGCCCGGCGGGGGCACCCUGCGCAGCCGGGCCCCCGCCAACGGCAACGGCAACGGCACCUCCUUCCUGCCCCGGGAGGCGCUGCUCCUGGCGGCGGAGCGGCUGAACGGCGUCAAGGGGCUGCUGCCUUACAACCUGUCGCUGGAGGUGGUCAUGGCCAUCGAGGCCGGCCUGGGAGACCUGCCCCUCUUCCCCUUCUCCUCGCCCGGCGCCGCCCAGCCCUCCUCGCCCGGGGGAAGAAGCGGCAGCGGCGGCGGCGGCAGCAGCAACGACCCGGCCUCCUUCCUGCAGAGCGUCUGCCACACCGUGGUGGUCCAAGGGGUCUCGGCCCUGCUCGCCUUCCCCCGCAGCCGGAGGGAGAUGCUGGAGGUGGACUUCCUCGCCGGCGCCCUCCGCCUCCCCGCCCUCAGCAUCGUCCGCGAGGAGUUCCCCACCAAGAGCCAGAAUCCCCUUCACCUGCAGUUGAGUUUAGAACGCUCAUUAAGCUUUGACGCAGAUGUCACUUUUUCAAUCUUGGCCUUGAACAACUGGUAUAAUUUUAGUUUGAUGGUAUGCCAGGAAGAAUGGAACAUCACCGAUUUUCUCUUCCUCACACAGCAAAGCUCCAAAUUUCAUUUGGGAUCCAUUAUAAAUAUCACAGGAAACCUCACAACAACUGAUGACCUCUUGACCUACUUGCAAGUUCAGCUGGAGAGCAUAAAGGACACGACAUCCACGGUGGUGAUGUUUGGCUGUGACAUGGAAAGCACAAGGAGGAUUUUUGAGAUAACCACUCAGUUUGGGGUGAUGCCUCCUGAGCUUCACUGGAUUCUUGGGGAUUCGCACAAUGUGGAAGAACUGAGGACAGAAGGCUUGCCGUUGGGUCUUAUAGCUCAUGGGAAAACAACACAGUCUUUUUUUGAAGACUACGUCCAGGAUGCAAUGGAGUUGGUAGCUAGAGCUGUGGCUACGGCUACAAUGAUCCAGCCAGAACUGGCACUUAUUCCAAGUACAACAAAUUGUUUGAACACAGAAGAAAAAAAUCUCACUUCAGGACAGUAUUUAUCAAAGUUUCUAGCCAAUACCACCUUUCAUGGGCUUAGUGGGCACAUUAAAGUCAAAGACUCCUCCAUCAUCAGCUCCGAAAACAACUUCUUUAUUUGGAAUCUGCAGCAUGAUCCUGUGGGCAACCCAAUGUGGACUCGCUUGGGGAGCUGGCAAGAAGGAAAGAUCAUCAUGGAUUACGGGAUCUGGCCCGAGCAGGCCCAGCGGCACAAGAAUCACAACCAGCACCCUACUCGUCUGCAUCUGAGGGUGGUGACCCUCAUUGAACAUCCGUUUGUGUUCACAAGGGCUGUGGAUGAUGAAGGCUUGUGUCCAGCAGGUCAGCUCUGCCUGGACCCCUUGACCAAUGAUUCGGCUGUACUGGAUGCUCUCUUUGAAAACCUGCAAGGCGGCAACGACACAGUGCCCACUAAGUUCAAACAGUGCUGCUACGGCUACUGCAUAGAUCUGUUGGAAAAACUGGCUGAAGAUAUGAACUUUGAUUUUGACCUGUACAUCGUCGGUGAUGGAAAAUAUGGGGCUUUGAAAAAUGGUCAGUGGACAGGGCUUGUGGGUGAUCUAUUGGCUGGCACUGCCCACAUGGCUGUGACGUCAUUCAGCAUCAACACAGCCCGUAGCCAGGUGGUUGAUUUCACCAGCCCCUUCUUUUCUACUAGCUUGGGCAUCCUGGUGAGAACCAAAGACACAGCGGCUCCUAUUGGAGCCUUUAUGUGGCCACUCCACUGGACCAUGUGGCUGGGAAUUUUUGUGGCCCUACACAUCACUGCAAUCUUUCUCACCCUCUACGAAUGGACAAGCCCCUUUGGCAUGACCCCAAAGGGAAGAAACAGGGAUAAAGUUUUCUCCUUCUCCUCUGCCUUGAAUGUCUGUUAUGCCAUCUUGUUUGGUAGAACAGCUGCCAUAAAACCCCCCAAGUGCUGGACUGGAAGGUUUCUCAUGAACCUCUGGGCCAUUUUUUGUUUAUUUUGUCUGUCAACAUAUACAGCGAAUCUGGCUGCUGUCAUGGUGGGAGAGAAAAUCUAUGAAGAGCUGUCUGGAAUACAUGACCCCAAGCUGAACCACCCUUCACAGGGGUUUCGCUUUGGAACGGUGCGAGAAAGCAGCGCUGAGGAUUAUUUCAAGCAAAGCUUCCCUGAUAUGCAUGAGUACAUGAAAAGGUUCAAUGUGCCUGCAACUCCUGAUGGAAUAGACUACCUGAAGCAAGAUCCAGAGAAACUAGAUGCCUUCAUCAUGGAUAAAGCACUCCUGGAUUAUGAAGUAUCAAUAGAUGCUGACUGCAAGCUUUUGACGGUGGGGAAACCCUUUGCUAUUGAAGGGUAUGGUAUUGGCCUUCCUCCAAACUCUCCACUAACCUCAAAUAUCUCUGAACUGAUCAGCCAGUAUAAAUCUCAUGGCUUCAUGGAUGUCUUACAUGACAAAUGGUACAAGGUAGUGCCCUGCGGGAAAAGAAGCUUUGCUGUGACGGAGACGCUGCAAAUGGGCAUCAAGCACUUUUCUGGGCUCUUUGUGAUGUUAUGCAUUGGAUUCGGCAUGUCUAUUCUAACGACAAUUGGAGAGCAUAUUGUAUACAGGCUGGUAAUCCCACGAGUCAAAAAGAAAUCCAAGAUGAAAUACUGGCUCCACACAAGUCAGAGAUUGCACCGAGCUCUAAAUAGUUCGUUUAUUGAAGACAAACACCAGCCUAAAGCAAAGCGAGUAGAAAAGAGGUCCCACGCAGGAAACAGUGAGCACGCAGUGUGGAAUACGGCUAGCCCUGGCAACUGCCAUCGGAGGAAAUAUAUCUGCACCGAGGAAAGGCAGAACGAAGUGGUUCUCAAGCAGCAGCAGGAGCAGCAGGAGCAAGAGAUACCUCUUCCUCCCGUAAAGAGAGACUCUCCAGCAUCGCUGGCCACAAAUGGGAAAGCAGACUCUGUUAACAUUGCUAGGACCUCAGUGAUCCAAGAGCUCUCGGAACUGGAGAAGCAGAUCCAGGUGAUCAAGCAGGAACUACAGCUGGCCAUGAGCAGGAAACUGGAGCUGGAAGAGUUUCAGAGGACAAACAGGACUGCGGAGUCUUAAGCGGCCGC